CACGCCGUCUAUUACUGAUAAAUAUUUCAAUCAGUUUAUUUUAAUAUAGUGAUUAUAGCAUUAAUGGUAUAGUAUAAAAUCUGUCGCAAGUUUAAUGUAAGCUUUCUAUACAUUAUUACAUAUUUUCAUUUCAGUUAGUUGUUUUUAUUCUUAACAUUUCUUUUUCUUUACCACUUGUUCAUUUUAAAAUUAACAAUCAAAUACAAGAGAUGAUGAAAAUGGUUCAAGACAUUGGUUAAUGAAAGUGUAGGGUGACAGUACAGCUAAUCUUCUUAAAUAGACUUCAGGUAUUAGGAAUUAUGCUGAUCCACGGUGGAGAGCUGUCCUGCUGUGCGUCCCAGUUGACCUGAGCUGCUGUGCGCAGUCUGUGUGUGUGUGUGAGCGCCGGAGCUCUGCGUUCAGCCCAGCUGUUCAUCAGCACCGCACAACGGCCACCACCACCGCACUGCUCCCGAGAGAGCUGGGAGAGCUGGGAGAACCCUCCAAUCCUGAGAGAAUGAGAUGUUUCACUCUGUGACAGGGCCCUUCACACCCCAUCAUAACCUGGUGGGACAUACUGGAAUAUUUUAUCUGGGACGAGAGCAGCUCCCAUAGGAAAGGCAGUGCAAAAUGUAUCUCACACGGAGAAAGAGACUUCAGCUGACCCGGAUUAUCUUUCUCCUAUCUGGGGUUUUGCUUUGUUGUAUAUACCAACUUACUGUUAGGACCAGAUUACCAGGACCCUGGCCAGAACCUCAGAUUGGAGAAAACCCAAAAGGUGGCCCUGAAGAUGCUACUGAAGGACUGGUAGUGAAACCAGGAGUAACAGCAAAGCUGACCACUGGUGCUGUGGAAGAAGGUACAUCAACACAUACUGCACCUAAACCAGACACAACUCCAUCCACAACCCCUCUGAGAACAGAGAGAGCUAAAACAACAGUUUUACGCCCCAUGACCACCACAAACAGGACAAUUGUUCGUUGCAUUUAUGUGGAUCCAGACCUCCCAAAGCCCAAUCCAGUUCCUACACCAGCACCUGAACCUACCCACCCUACACCCACAAUCGCCAUCUCUGUUACUGCAGAGCCUCCUCAUAUCAAGGGUGAAUACCCUCAGGACAUCUUCACCAUUGAAGAACGUCGGAGAGGCUGGGUGAUUCUGCACAUCUUUGGGAUGAUAUAUAUGUUUGUUUCUUUGGCCAUUGUGUGUGAUGAGUUCUUUGUCCCUACACUUGGCGUCAUCACUAAAAAGUUGGAGAUCUCAGAUGACGUUGCUGGAGCAACUUUCAUGGCAGCAGGAGGCUCUGCUCCAGAACUCUUUACCUCCUUGAUUGGUGUUUUUAUUUCACACAGCAACGUGGGAAUUGGAACUAUCGUAGGCUCAGCUGUAUUUAACAUCCUUUUUGUAAUAGGAAUGUGUGCUUUGUUCUCCCGGGAGAUGCUCUACCUCACCUGGUGGCCGCUCUUCAGAGAUGUUUCCUUCUACAUCUUAGAUCUGAUCAUGCUCAUCAUCUUCUUCUUGGACAAUACCAUCAUGUGGUGGGAGAGCAUAAUGCUCGUGGGUGGUUAUGCAAUUUACGUCUACUUCAUGAAAUAUAAUGUCCAGAUUGAGCGAGCAUUCAAGUCUCAGCUCCGCAGACACAAGAACAUCGUCAAAGUCAUCCCAGUGGAGGAGCCUGAGAAGGAAAAUGGGACAACAGUUGAUGAUAAUUCCACUCCUGAACCAGAGGACAAGAAUCGUUUAAAGCUAAAGCCAACACUACAACGAGGGGGAAGUUCAGCAUCUUUGCAUAACAGCACCAUGAGGAACACAAUUUUCCAGCUCAUGAUUCACACACUGGAUCCUUUGGGUGAGGACUCAGUGGUAAAUGGGGGUACAAUGCCCAGCAGCUCUUUGUCAAGUAAAGUGAAGUUUAAAGAAAAGGCUCAGAUUUUGAACAGCAUGGCCAGGGGGAAAGUAGAGGGCAAAGAGAAGGAAAAAUCGGGCAAAGGUGAAGAUUGUAACACGGAGGACACUAAGGAAUCUAAAGAGCCAGGACCAGCACCAUCUAACAAGGCAGAUACCAAGGAAAAGCCAGAGGGGCAGAAGGAGGAGAAGGAGGCAGCAGCAGCAGGAGAAGGAGGGGGCUCAGAGGGAUCAGAAGGUUCUGAUGACAGUGAUGAUGACAGUGAAGAAGACAGUGAUGAAGACAGUGAUGAUGAAGAUGAUGAUCAGGAAGAAGAUGAUGAAGAUGGAGAGGAAAAUGAAGAGCCGCUGUCCUUGGAAUGGCCAGACACCAGACGAAAACAAGCCACAUACCUGUUUCUUCUGCCCAUUGUCUUUCCUUUGUGGCUCACCGUACCUGAUGUCAGAAACCCAGCAUCCAGGAAAUACUUUGUCAUCACCUUCCUUGGUUCUAUAGUGUGGAUUGCUAUUUUCUCCUAUCUCAUGGUGUGGUGGGCGCAUCAGGUGGGUGAAACCAUUGGCAUUUCAGAGGAGAUAAUGGGUCUCACCAUUCUGGCAGCCGGUACAUCCAUCCCUGACCUAAUCACCAGUGUGAUUGUAGCUCGCAAGGGCCUGGGAGACAUGGCUGUUUCCAGCUCAGUAGGCAGCAACAUAUUUGAUAUCACUGUGGGGUUGCCAGUGCCCUGGUUAUUAUUCUCUUCCUUCCAUGGGAUGGUGCCAGUGGCUGUCAGCAGCAAUGGACUUUUCUGUGCCAUUGUGCUGCUCUUCCUCAUGCUGCUCUUUGUCAUCAUCUCCAUCGCAGUUUGUAAGUGGAGAAUGAAUAAAAUGCUGGGCUUCACCAUGUUCCUGCUCUACUUUGUGUUCCUUGUGCUCAGUGUUAUGCUGGAGGACCGUAUUAUUGUCUGUCCAGUGUCAAUUUAAGCAACACAGUGACUCCCAGUGUCUAAUGAAAUGGCAACAUUUCAGUUUGAACCAGUCAUUUGUUUUGUUUGAUUUCACCCUUACUUACCUGCAGAGGAGACAAAACCACUUUGAUUGCUUCCUGUGCAUGUGACCAUGUGUGUUAAGACCUUUCAACAAUAUCAUGAAGUGUGGUAUGAUGCAGUAUUUGCAGUCAGUACUGUUGUAAUACAGACGUUUUCCCUUUUUCUUCAGACCCCAUACACAUAUCAGACAACAUGUAUACUAUAUGGAGUUAUCCACUUGGCAACUAGUGACUAUAGUAGGAACUAAAGGUUUCCUGUCUUUUAAAGCUGGGGAGAGCCUUCUCUCACUCCAACUGAUCUCUUUUGCCUUGGUUAGUGCAUUACUCCUGUCAUCUAGUAAACUCAAGAAAGCAACUGCGUGACAAAAUUACUUAUUCCAAAUAUUAUGCCAUACAUCACUUUGUGACCUUGUGGUUAUCUUUUGGUUAUCAGGGGUUCAUAGAACAAAAGAUGACGACAUAUAAAUCUUUUGUUUGACACAGCUACUUAUGGAACUCUGCAUUAGCCACUUAAUGUUAUGUAAUGCUGCUCUCCGGAAACACUAAAUAACUCACAGUUAUACAUUCACAUUUGAGUCAUGAGAUAAUUUUCUCUCAAAAAACAAGUAAGAUGACUAUGAUGAGCCACUGUGCAAUACACCACAUGGUGGCAUCUUAUGCAUCUUUAUGGUAGCUAGUUAAAGACUUUCACCUAGUAGCUAAAGCUGGUUAAUUUUUGUGCACACAAUUUCCAGUGCAUCAUAAAUGAACUGUUAUGUGAUGUACAAUACACUCAUAUAUGUUUCCCUUGUUCUGUCCACCAGCCUACCAUCUAUUUUAAAAUAUACUGUUAACACUCCAAAUUUCUGCCCAAAUUUAAUACAAACACAGAUGUGCACAUUCAUUUAGAUAUGGUUUGAUUUUUGGAUUGUAUGUUUAUGUAUGCAGAACAAAAUUGUAGUAUUAGCUGUAUUAUGCUCAUUCCUAUUAUGAUAGUAUUCUGGCAAGUAAUGUUUCCCAUGUAAUUGUGUAGUAUACGUGUGCAGACACUUUUUUAAUGUCGCAGUUUAGUAGCACCUGUUUAAACUACUUUUAAAAGCAUAGCCCUGCAUUUUCUUUUCUUUUUUGCAUUGACUUCACAUAUCUCUUUUUUGUUUUAUUAAUGGUAUCAUGCAAAAACAUUAUUCCAAAGGCUGUAGUCCUUUAGAAAGAAUAAUGA